UGCUCGGUCGUGUUUGAGUCUUUACCCAUCGCUGUGGAAAUGCCCAAAAAGUUACAAAGGCGAUUUGGAGUACAGACUUUUGAAAUAAGUGAAGAUGAAUUUCUCAAUCCCGGGGACCUGUUUGACUUAAUGGUCAAGGACCCAAACGUUCGCAAGACAGGAUGCUUCGUGGGGAGGCUGAAGGGGGGGCCAACCCUCACCGAAAACUACAUUGCAGAGGUGAAGGAUUUGGUUGACGGUGACAAUGGGUUUCAAUUUUUUAAACCCCUUCUGAUCCGAAGAAAGGCGGUGUGGCGAGAGCUGGGGUUCUUCUACGUAACAACAGAGGAGGAAGGGGCCACACCGAGUCAAGUAAGGACUCUUGCAACGAAACGGAAUGUAUUUAAGGAAACAUUCCUCAAUAUGAAUUUUGAGGAAACUCCAAAGAGCCAUCUUCAAGAGGUCCUGGAAUCACGCGGCGUUGGGCCGUGUAUAGACGCGUUCUAUGAACACCUCUCCAGGAAUAACACGCCUAUACUUUACGCCGCAAAUGUAGAUUCCGUAGAGCUUGGAAAGGCGCAGAAGAAGGCGGUCAACCUUCAAAUUACACAGAAUGUCAGCAUGGGCAAAAUGGAGUCGCUCAUCAAGUACCUUGUGGGUGGGAAGCAUCCAGGCAUUGUCACCCCUACCUUGUACAUAGGAAACGAGGCGUCUUCAUUCCAGUGCCAUCAUGAAGAUGUUUCAUUUGAAGCUGUCAAUAUGCAUGUCGCCGGGGCUCCCAAGAUCUGGUUCGUCGUUCCCCCACGUUAUCGGCGAGCCUUCUGUGUCCAGCUUUCAGCAAUGGGGUUAGAGCGCGUUGAUCUUGCGUGCGCCAAUUUUUUACAGCACAAGUUUUACUUUUGUGACCCACGAGUGAUCCUGAGCCAGAAAAUUCCAGUUUACACGAUUGUUCAAAUGCCCGGUGAUACGGUGUUUCUGCUUCCAAACGCCAUUCACUGGGGAUUCAACGUCGGCUGGAACAUCAACGAGGCCGUGAACUGCUGCUCCAAGAGCUAUGCGUACCCGGGCAUGCUUGCUUCACAACGGUGUCAGUGUGAUGUUGAUGCACAUCUAAAGUAUUUCUUCGACAUCACCAAGAUCUUGAAGCAUGCGGGUGUGCCUCGAGACACAAUAUCUCUCUACAGGGAACGAAAAGUAUUUCACAUCUUGACAGAAUUCCAAAUUCUUUACCCGGACCUGGACCCAGAAUCUGGGCGUCCUGGUGACUCCGAAGUUGAUUUUGAAAACCUACUUGGUCUAAGCAUCGAUGAAAGCCAGAUCGGCAAGUUUUGGCAGCGAUGCAGGCAGGCUCCAACAUGCGACGAUCAUUUUCUGGGUGGCUUCCUGGAGAUCGAUCUCGAACAGGAAGAGAAAGAAGAAGAAGAAGAAGAAGAAGAAGAAGAAGAAGAAGAAGAAGAAGAAGUGAACUUAAAUUCAAAAGGGACUCGCAAGUGUCCCAGAUGUGAACAUGACAGUCGAAAAUACGGCGUUAAGGCAAGACUGAACAUCGAGCGCCAUGCCAAUAAGUGUCAUAGUUCUGACUUCGAAGAUGUGAUGGCAGAGUACGAUAAAAAGUAUGAAAGAACCACUAAUUUUAAAACUGAUUCUGUGUCUUGCCACCGCUGCCACAAGACAUUCCAUGGGCACACUGGUACCCUCAACAGGCACCUUGCUAAAUGUACAGUACAGGACAGUGAAGCACCAGCAACCAAGAGGAUGAAGCGAUAAGGGUGUACUGCCUCUUGUGUUCCUCAUCUUGUGCAGUAUAAUAUGAGUCUUUGCAAAAAAAUUAUUUGUGGCAUGUUAAGAAACACUUAAGUGAAUUUCAACCUUAAAAUAAGAUGCCUCCCUCCUUUCUCUUAUAGGUUCUAAUUUUCAUUCUCAUUUCUUCUCAUCUGCUCAUGUGGCUAGAAUCGAGGAUUCCUUUGUGAACGAAUAGUUCUAAUAGUAUACAUUGCUCAUAAAACUUUAAGACUGAAUGUCUGUGAUGUUUGCAUAAAAAGAGUAACCUUAUUGUUGCCUUUGUCUUUGCCAGAAAAGAAAGGAAUUGUAAGAAAAGUGAAACAUUUCGAGUGAUGCUUUCAGUGCUUCAGACUCUGAUGCAACAGGAAAACGUCUAACCACUGUGAAAAGUGACCUUUGAAUGGAGAUAUGGGGCAACUACUCAGAGGCACCAGUGGCCUCGGGUAUCGAACUCAUUAGAGUUCAUAACAUAAGUUACCACCACAUGUCUCGUUUCAUUCUGCUAAUUAAUAUUUUA